AUGUUCGCGAUGGAAUUCCUGAAGACUUGUGUCCUUAGAAGAAAGGCGUGUGCUACUGUUUGCUUCUGGAGAAGCCACGUCACACAAAAGCUUUCCGUUAGGAAGAUUAGUACCACCUCUCCGCGGAGCACGGUCAUGCCCGCGUGGGUGAUAGAUAAAUACGGGAAGAAUGAAGUGCUUCGGUUUACUCAGAACAUGAUGAUGCCCAUCAUUCACUAUCCAAAUGAAGUCAUUAUCAAAGUGCACGCUGCCAGUGUCAAUCCUAUAGAUGUUAAUAUGAGAAGUGGUUAUGGAGCUGCAGCUUUAAAUAUGAAACGUGACCCUUUACAUAUUAAAAUCAAAGGAGAAGAAUUCCCCCUGACUCUGGGUCGGGAUGUCUCAGGUGUGGUGAUGGAAUGUGGACUUGAUGUGAAGUACUUCAAGCCUGGAGAUGAGGUCUGGGCUGCAGUUCCUCCCUGGAAACAAGGCACUCUCUCAGAGUUUGUUGUAGUCAGUGGGAAUGAGGUCUCUCACAAGCCCAAAUCACUCACUCAUACUCAAGCUGCCUCUUUGCCAUAUGUGGCUCUCACAGCCUGGUCUGCCAUAAACAAGGUUGGCGGCCUGAAUGAAAAAAAUUGCGCAGGAAAACGUGUUUUAAUAUUGGGUGCUUCAGGUGGAGUUGGUACUUUUGCUAUACAGGUAAUGAAAGCAUGGGAUGCUCACGUGACAGCAGUUUGCUCUCAGGAUGCCAGUGGACUUGUAAAGAAACUUGGGGCAGAUGAUGUAAUUGAUUACAAAUCUGGAAAUGUGGAGGAACAAUUGAAAUCUUUAAAACCGUUUGAUUUUAUCCUUGAUAAUGUUGGUGGAUCCACUGAAACAUGGGCUCUAAAUUUACUCAAGAAAUGGUCAGGAGCCACUUACGUGACUUUGGUGACUCCUUUUCUCCUGAACAUGGACCGGUUGGGCAUAGCAGAUGGCAUGUUGCAGACGGGCGUCACCAUGGGCUCUAAGACACUAAAGCAUUUCUGGCAAGGAGUCCAUUAUCGCUGGGCCUUUUUCAUGCCCAGUGGUCUAUAUCUGGAUGACAUUGCAGAGCUCGUGGAUGAGGGAAAGAUUCAGCCAGUUAUUGAAAAAACCUUCCCUUUUUCUGAAGUUCCAGAAGCCUUUCUGAAGGUGGAAAGAGGACAUGCACGAGGAAAGACUGUAAUUAAUGUUAUUUAA